CCACCAACUCCUUGUCCUCCCCCUCCCCUCCCUCGCGUCGCCUCUCCGCGUCACACUUUCCCUUCCCCUUGCUCCCUCACCGUCGCCGACGCCGCCGGUCUCCGCCUCACGCGCCGCUCUCCAGAUCCCCCCAGACUCGCCACGCGCGACAACCGCCGCCGCCGAAACCACUCUCCUCCGCUUCCCGUAGCACAGGCGCGGGACCCUCUCUUGAUUCGAAGAGUUUGCUGCAUCAUGCCUUUUGGUGGAUAAUCUUCAUUUGCCCUCGAGUGUCGAGUUCUUUUGUUGUCUUCAUAAUGUCAGGCUUGCUAAAUUCAAACCUUAAUAGUUCGGCGUCAAAUCUUCCAGACUCUACAGGAAGACCAUUUACAUCAUCCUUUUCGGGUCAAUCCGGAUCAAUUCCAGGUUUCCAUCAUUCUGGUUUGCACAACAUUCAUGGAAAUUUCAACCUUCCAAAUAUGCCUGGAUCACUUGCACAAAGGAAUGCUGCAAUGAGUGGCCUUCCAUCCUCUGGGGUUCAACAACCUGGAGGGAGCAUUUCAGGAAGGUUCACUUCAAACAGCCUUCCGGUUGCCAUGUCUCAGAUUCCUCAUGCACAUUCAGGUGUCAGUGGUAGAGGGAUGAAUGUUGGCGCAGGUCCAGCUUUUAGUAGCAGCAUGAAUAUUGGUGGCACCAUUCAAGGGUUAUCCUCGAACUUGGGCAACGUUGGCAGUCGCAAUUCUGUUCCUGGGAUGUCGGUAUCUCCAGGUUUAGGAAAUUUGGGUCCACGGAUCACAAGUUCCGUAGGAAAUGUUGUAGGCGGAAGUAAUAUUGGAAGAAAUUUAAGCUCUGGCGGAUUGUCUGUGCCAAGUAUCGCAUCACGGAUGAAUCUGAGUGGCAACACUGGGAGUGGUAGUUUAAAUGUGCAAGGAUCCAACAGGAUGAUGAAUGGCCUUCUUCAGCAAGCGUCUCCUCAGUUGAUAAAUAUGCUUGGAAGUUCAUAUCCAUCAUCUGGAGGUUCAAUAUCUCAGAAUCAAAUACAAACAGGAAAUAAUUCUCUAAGUUCUAUGGGGAUGCUGCAUGAUGCUAGUGACACUGCUCCAUUUGACAUAAAUGAUUUUCCCCAAUUGACUGGUCGACCUAGUUCUGCUGGUGGUCCACAAGGACAAUAUGUUGCAGGGUCACUACGCAAGCAAGGAGUUGGUGUUAAUACCAUUGUUCAACAAAGCCAGGAAUUCAGCAUUCAAAAUGAAGAUUUCCCGGCUUUGCCUGGAUUUAAAGGUAACUCUUCAGAUUAUGCUAUGGAGUUGCAUCAUAAGGAACAACUUCACGAGAAUGUACCUGUAAUGCAAGCACAGCAAUAUCCUAUGGCACGGUCAGUUGGCUUUAAUUUAGGAAGUAGCUACCCACCAAAUCGUCAGCAACACCAGCAAGGUGCUAAUUCAGUCCAGAACGCCAGAUCCCAAAAUGUUGGACUAAGGCCACUUAGUCAAACUUCUAGUUUGGGAUCAUACGAUCAACUUCUGCAACAAUACCAGCAGCCGCAGCCGCAUUCUCAAAAUCCUUUCAGGUUGCAGCAGAUGCCUCCAGCUACACAUUCAUAUCGGGAUCAAAGUCUAAAGCCUCCAACGCCACCUGAUCCUUAUGGCUUGUUAGGAUUGCUGGGAGUUAUAAGGAUGAAUGAUGCUGAAUUAGCAUCUCUUGCUUUAGGAAUAGAUUUAACAACACUCGGUUUAAAUUUGAAUUCACCAGACAAUCUAUACAAGACAUUUGGCUCACCAUGGUCAAAUGAGCCAGCAAAAGGAGAUCCUGAUUUUCAUAUUCCAGCAUGUUACUUUGCUGAGCAUACUCCACCACUACAGCCCUUACUUUUCCAGAAGUUCCAGACAUUAACACUGUUUUACAUCUUCUAUAGCAUGCCGAAGGAUGAAGCUCAGCUAUAUGCUGCCAACGAAUUAUAUAAUCGAGGAUGGUUUUACCAUAGAGAAUUACGGUUAUGGUUCACCAGAAUUCCAAAUGUGGAGCCUCUAGUCAAAGCUCCUCUGUAUGAACGUGGGUCUUAUGGUUGCUUUGACCCCAAUAGUUGGGAGACAGUCCGUAAGGACAACUUUGUUCUCCAUUACGAGCUGGUAGAGAAAAAGCCAGCCCUGCCUUCUGUAGCUCAAAAUAUUAGGUGAACAUUUUCUGGGUACCUCCUGUGUCCUGAAGUUUUGGUCCUGUUGGAUGGGACCAAAAAGCUCAUAUUCAGAUUACAGCAUUAUUGCCGAACUGUUAAGGACAGGGAGAGCUCAGAAACCAAGGUCAUACUGAUCUCCGUAGAGGAGGCUGCAGAACUGAAGUCGGGAUGUCCUGUUGACAGCCCUUGUAAUUAUAGUAAAACAGUGAUAUCAACUGUUCAUUUCCCAUUCAUCCAUCCGGGGUUUGUAUUCCCUGUAAUAUUCCCUUGAAUUUUUUGAAAAAAAAAUAGUAGUAGUUUUCUGCACAUUUAGCCUCAGAUGACAACAUAGUUAGUCUGCACAGGCAGCUCACAUGCAAAUUAAAUGGUUUUAUCAUGGCGUAUCACUAUGAGUGACGGUGACCUAACACAGUCGCCAUUUCAUUUU